AGCGCGAAGCCGGAAGCGGGGCGGGUGCCGGUGGCCGCCGCCAUGAGCUUCCUCAUCGACUCCAGCAUCAUGGUCACCUCCCAGGUGCUGUUCUUUGGAUUUGGAUGGUUAUUCUUCAUGCGUAAACUCUUCAAGGAUUAUGAGGUACGACAGUAUGUGGUCCAGGUGAUCUUCUCUGUGACUUUUGCCUUCUCUUGUACCAUGUUUGAACUCAUCAUCUUUGAGAUUUUGGGAGUGCUGAACAGCAGCUCUCGGUAUUUUCACUGGAAGCUGAACCUGUGUGUAAUUUUGCUUAUCCUAGUCUUCAUGGUACCCUUCUACAUUGGCUACUUUGUUGUGAGCAAUAUCAGAUUAUUGCACAGACAGAAACUGCUUUUUGCAUGUGUUCUGUGGUUGACGUUCAUGUAUUUCUUCUGGAAGCUGGGUGAUCCAUUUCCUAUCCUCAGCCCGAAACACGGAAUCCUGUCUAUAGAACAGCUCAUCAGCCGUGUGGGUGUGAUUGGGGUGACACUCAUGGCUUUGCUGUCUGGAUUUGGGGCUGUCAACUGUCCAUACACUUACAUGUCCUACUUUCUCAGGAAUGUGACAGACGCAGAUAUUCUGGCUUUAGAGCGACGACUCCUUCAGACUAUGGACAUGAUUGUUAGCAAGAAAAAAAGGAUAGCAGUGGCUCACAGGACAAUGUUCCAGAGAGGAGAAGUGCAUAACAAACCCACGGGCUUCUGGAGAAUGAUAAAAAGUGUUACAACAUCUGUUCCAGGCAGUGAAAAUCUGUCCCUUAUCCAGCAAGAAGUGGAUGCCCUAGAAGAGCUGAGUCGGCAGCUUUUUCUGGAAACUGCUGACUUGCAUGCGACAAAGGAGAGAAUAGAAUACUCCAAAACUUUCCAGGGAAAAUACUUCAAUUUUUUAGGUUAUUUUUUCUCCAUCUACUGUGUCUGGAAAAUCUUCAUGGCAACCAUCAAUAUUGUAUUUGACCGUGUGGGGAAGACUGAUCCAGUCACAAGAGGAAUUGAGAUCACUGUAAAUUAUCUGGGAAUACAGUUUGAUGUGAAAUUCUGGUCUCAGCACAUUUCUUUUAUUCUUGUUGGAAUAAUCAUUGUUACCUCUAUCAGAGGAUUGUUAAUCACACUCACAAAGUUCUUCUAUGCCAUUUCCAGCAGCAAGUCCUCCAACGUUAUUGUUCUGCUUUUAGCACAGAUAAUGGGAAUGUACUUUGUGUCGUCGGUGCUGCUGAUCCGGAUGAGUAUGCCUCUGGAGUAUCGCACUAUUAUUACAGAAGUCCUGGGAGAGCUCCAGUUCAACUUUUACCAUCGUUGGUUUGAUGUGAUAUUCCUAGUUAGUGCUCUGUCCAGUAUCCUCUUUCUCUAUUUAGCACACAAACAAGCCCCAGAAAAGCAUAUGGCUCUCUAAGAAAGGGCUGCAGUCAUGCACUGCCCUCCGUCCUUUCAACUGCAUUGCUGCAAUUCCUGUGGACUGCAAAACUUGAAGAGAGCCAGGACUAUUCUGUGUGUUCCAGCAGUGUAGCUGGCUUUUUGAACUUGCACACAUGUCAUCAAACUCUGUGGCUUAUUUUGUUAAGGUGACACACCAAGAUAUGAAGAGGAUACAUGUAUUGAAUGUUAGUUCAUUGCCAAGGUAUAAGAGCACUCCUUGGUACACCAGAAUCUAAGGGCAUCACAACUUGCAUGGUAGGCUGUCUGAGGUAAGCACUCUGACUGUUAGAAUAACGUCUUCGUAGAGGGCACCAAGGAAAAGUGAUUUUUUUCUUUUGAAGAUCAGCUCAUAAUUGGGAUUCAGAGGACAGCAGCUCUGGAGUCGAAUGUUUGAGUCUGUGGAAUUAAAUAAGUUAUUAUAAAAUCUCAUGCAAGCAUCACAGUUGUUUUUUGUCAGCUUCAAAGAUUUGGCUGGAAGUGAGCUAGAAAAUGGCUAGAAUUUGCUGUCUGCCUGGCAGAAAUGAGGUGCAGAGGUUUUCACUCUGUAUGGAGUGUAUGCUAUUGUGUAUUACUGUACCCAGUGUCCUUAGUAGCUGGAGGUAUGCUCAGUCUCAACUUGGUUUUCUUUCCCUGCAUAAAUAGAACUGAGGUUUUGGAUUAUUCUUUGCCAGAGCUCUGUGUGAAGUCAAAGACCACAUCUAUGCCUUGUUUACCUGACAUGUUACAAAUUUGUUUACCUUAUAUGCUAUAAAUUGGAUGCUCCCCACAACCUGUGUAUUCUUCUACAGUAGCCCAUUUCCCCUUCUUGAUGUAAUUCAAGGCAUAAAAGUAAAUUUUAUUUAUGUAACUUAAACUUGUAGCUUCUCAUAGCCACUAGGCUUUGUUUAAAAAUUGUUCUGGGACAUAAAUCAUGGAUGAUAAAGAGUAAGAGCCAGGUGGGGAGCAGCUCUAAACAGUUUAUUUGCAUCUUGUCUUCUUUGCACAGUAAGGAGGCAUGGUAUACAGCAGCAGUAUUACAGAGCCAUUUAUGUCACAUUCAAGACAACGUGGUGGUAGCUUGGAGUUAGAAGAACCUGCAUGAAUGAGCUAUGUACACAUCUAACUACCAUGAUCCACAACUGUUUGCAGAGGAAAGGGAAUAGUGCUUUAAAUAUGUUGAGUUACAAAUCAUGAAGUUAGCUUAAUAUUUGAAAGAAAUUUCUGUGCUGUUGGCAGGAGAAAGGAGUGUAAUGCACAGAGUACAUUGGCUUAUGCUAUUUCACAACAGUUGUACUGCUGGAAGGAUAGCAUAGAAGAGUUGCCACAGAGAUUGAGUCGAUGGACUGGAAUUAGGGGGAGAACUUGCCUCUCCUGGAUGGGGAGAAGUCAGUUGCUCUUUAUUAAGAGCUUAUCCUUAAAAGGCUAAGGUGAUUAUCAAUCUAUCAAACAUUUCAGCUUUCUGCUGCAGUAUACUUUAUUAGAUACUUCUAGUUAUUACUUUACAGAAGUAAGUGACUAACUGUCCACAAGGCUGAAAGCCAGUGGAGUACAGUUGCAGUGUGUUAAAUGAAUGCAAGUUACGCUUAACUGUUUAUUUUGGGCAGCUGCAUUUUGGCAAGAGACUGCAGUCCUUUACAGGUAUGGCACUGCUAGGAAUAGCCAAGUUCUGGGAGCUGUAGUAGCAAAGAAUGAUUGAAGAAAGAGGAGGUUCCUUGUUUUGUUCUCGGUGUAGUUUCUCUCCUCACAACUUUGUGUCAUCAUCGUUGUCGCUGUCUGCUCUUGUAGAGGCAGCUGAUCGUGAAGAGGAGGAAGAAUUUGCCUGCAGAGGAGCAACAAACACAUUGUGAUUAUUUUUAGUUUGUAAACAUGCUCGAUAGUCAGCAGUGUUAUGAAGGACUCCUAUUUUCAUCUGCACUAAUCAUGUACUUGUUUGGAUGGCAAAAUGAGCCAACAGAUGUGAUUUUUGUUGUUGAAGUGCUUUUUUGUUAACUACAUUUAGAGAGAAAUUUGUUCAAUAGAGGUUUCCUAUUAUUUAAUUCCUAUGCCUACAAAAGAGUGCUAGCUUCAGAGCUGCAAAAUGCAUCUUGGUGACUAAGAAACGUGAAAAAACUUGCAGCUGGACAUGUGCAGACAACGUUAAUGAAAAACAGAGAUAGUGUUGGUCUUACUCUUCAUGCUGUCUCUUCUGUGUGAUCAGGCUGACUGACUACACAACGGGUUCAAAAUGACUGUUUCAAAAAUAAAUACCUUCCUGUUUUUCUGA